CUGAAAUGUAUGAAGAUGUGGAGCCUGCAGAAAACACUGUUCAUCCUCUGCAUUGCUCUGAAAUAUUCACCAAAUGCAGCAAGCGUGAUCCACGUAUUUGGAUAUGAGGGGAGAGAAGCUGAAGUUUCCUGCCGUUAUGACGCAGGAUAUGAGUCUUACUCCAAGUACCUGUGCAGAGGAGAGUGUGACUACACAGACGUUCUCAUUGAGACUGGACAAACUAAGAAGGGCAGAUACUCAUUCUCUGACGACAAAAACAAGAGAAUCUUCAUCGUGACCAUCUCUGACCUCAACUAUAAGGACGGUGGGAAAUACUGGUGCGGGGUGACAAGGACUGGCAAAGAUCUCUACAAAGAAGUGAAACUGCAAGUGGUCUCAGACAUGUGCUGCGGUGAAGUCUCCACAGCCCAGGGUGAAGAAGGAAGUCCCAUGUCCAUCAGCUGUCCGUAUCCUCCUGAGCACCAGCACAACCUCAAGUACCUGUGCAGAGGAAAAAGGCCCUCCACCUGCCUGCGACAGGCGGUCAUCACCUCUAACAACAGCUCCAGAGGACGAUUCAGCAUCCAUGAUGACAAGGUGGCAGGAAACUUCACAGUGACCAUCUCCAGGUUGACUCCAAAUGACUCUGGCUCGUACCUGUGUGGUGUUCAUAUUACCAACGGUCUGGAUGUGUUCUCUGCUGUUGAGCUGGAAGUCAAAGACGCUCUACACGUGAACUCUGUCGUUGUCAUUGUGCCUGUCGGCCUGGCUGGAGGCCUGAUACUUACAAUAGUGAUACUUACCAUUGUUUGCAAGCGGAAACGUGGCAAAAUACAAGAUACUGGACUGAGCAUGAACACAAACACAAGCAAGACCGCCAAGAUCAAUAAGAUUCGGGCAGAUGUGGCAUGCACAGAGCUGGGCUCCUCCAAGCUGCAAAGCGGAUUCCAGCACAAUGAUAAUUCAGACGACGAAGAGCCGGAUUACCAAAACCUGGGUGUCGAGGACGACAUCUACUGCAAUCAAGUUGUCAUUGAAAAGCAGAAAACUGACGUGGAGAACAGCCUCAGGGUGACCAUCAGCGCCCUGCAGAAAGAGGAUGAGGGGGCUUACAGAUGUGGAGUGAAAAAUGCUGCCACUCAGACCAACUACACUGAAGUGAAUUUACACAUAAAUGAUGGUCGAUGCUGUUCAGACAAAGUUACACACACUGCUUUCACCGGAGGAAAUGUAGACAUAAUGUGCAACUACUCAGAGGAGCACCGGGACAGCAUCAAAUAUUUCUGCAAGGAACAAGCUCCAGUGUGUGAUUUUAAAGUUGCCAGUGGAAAAUGCCCCUACCAGCUAGGCAGAUUCUCUCUGUCUGAGAGUAGAAACAAUGAUUCCUUCACCGUGACCAUUAGAGAGCUGACUAAAACAGAUAAGGGGUCCUACUGGUGUGGAGCAGUAACACAGACAGCUGAGGUGACUUACAUCGCUCUCAUCACCAAAAUCAUCCUCAAGGUUCAAAACUGGAAAGAUUACAGUUUCCAACCAAUCAGAUUUGAUGCUGGAGAGAAUGCCACUUUAGGGUGCCCAUAUCUAGAUAAAUAUCAAAACAGUGAAAAGUUCUUCUGCAAAUCAGAAAAUCCUCAUUACUGUCACCCCACCAACAUUGUUGCAACAACGCAUCAGAGGGAUGCAGCGGGACGGUUUUCUCUGGAAGAUGACUCAGCAGCGACACUUCUCAAACUCCACAUCAGGAAUGUGACGAAGGAGGAUGCUGGCAUCUACUGGUGUGGCACCAAUAUCAAGUGGACCCCUGAAAGUCACAAGGGAUUCAACCUCACUGUAGAAUUGCUACCUAGAGGAAGGAACUCAUCUUCUCUAACGUUAUCACCUGCAGCUCACGGCACUUUGGGUGUCAUCGCUGUGCCUGUCAGUUUGGUUGUGAUGCUGCUCGUGGCCGUCCUGUUUUUCAACUACAGACAUCAGAAGAAAAAUCAUGCUAAAGAAAUGGCUUCACCAACACACGGCUUGUAUGAGGUCAUUGGCAACAGGCAAGAGGUCGGCGUCCAUGAUGACCUGUAA